GCAUUAUAGGUUCAAAAAAGGGCACCGCCGGCAGGAUUCCUUGCAAGAAAGCAUAUUCAGCAUGACGGAGAAGGAGCUAAAGUAUUUUUCAAACUUGCCCUGAUUAUAGCUGUCGCAUUACAGUCGUCUAAUUACAGAACAUUUGACGCAACCGAACUUUUGCGCCCAUCAGUUGAAUCUGCUUCUGAAGGCGUAAGCCUGUUUCAUGAACUCCAUGUACACAUGCUUUUGUACGGGGAAAGCGGUAGGGUUGUCGACCUCGGCAGAGCUGAAACAGCAUUUCGGAUUUUGACAGCACUGCUCUGUCCUCGUGGCUCCCAUGUCUCGAAUCGCAUGUUGCUGAGUUGUUUGGUAUCUUCCGGUACUGCAGCCUUAAAUGGUGACAACAAUGGGUUAAGUACCCCACUCGCGGGAUCUCUUGUUGAUCUCAUGGCUAAGCAUGUAAGAGCUAUUCUCGGACAGCAUUUCUGGGCGACGACCGGCGAAGAGGACGCAACAAAACAUAGACAUCUCACGCUGUUGGAGCUUCUGAUUACCAUUUCUCUCCAUUUUUUGCGUUCUUUUUUCUUGAAUUCGCCUGUAUGCCCUGUAACCGAAGCCGAUCUGGUAAUGGCAUGGAAAUGCAAGAAUAGAUCGCAAAAGUUUCACUUUGGUUGA